AUGCCACAAUUCUCUGGCAAGUAUCUGGACUGGCCAGCGUUCAGAGAUCUGUUUCACUCCGUGGUAGUGUCGAAUGGAGCUGUGAGUGAUGUCGAGAAGCUGCAUUAUCUCAAAACGUGCGUGAGAGGUGAUGCGGAGCAGCUGAUUAAGAAUCUGGCUAUCACGAGUGACAACUUCAAUCGAGCAUGGGCUGUGCUGACUCGUCACUACGAGAAUACUCGCGUGCUUGUGUCUGCGUUCUUCAACUCAUUCCUCGCCAUUCCGAAGAUGAAGUCCGACUCCGUUGCAGACUUGCGGAGAAUUUUUCACGGGAUGUUGAGCACCGUUGGUUCGUUGGAGGGAGUCAGACGGCCGAUCUGCAGCUGUGCACCGACCUCUUGA